AUGUCGGAAUAUCCUGAUCAUUUGAUGAAUUUAUUAAAAACCUCUAAGUAUCUCCAUUUAGCUACUGCCUCCUUAAAAGAUGCUACACCAUCUGUAGCGCUAAUGAAUUACACUUACAUUCCAAAUGAAAAAACCUACAAGCAGCAAGAUGGCGAUUUAAUUAUUUUGGCAACACAUGAAGAUACUGGUAAAUAUUCAAACAUCAAAGAAAAUCCACAGGUUUCACUUUUGAUUCAUGAUUGGGUUACUGCUAAAAAAUUGUCACUGAGAAAAAACAGUCAAUCAAGUACACCUGUACCACCAUCAUCAACUCAAAAUAUGGAUGGUAGCAACAAUGAAGGAAUGAACACCAGUAAGUUGUUUAAUUUAUUGCAAGAGUUGAACCAGGCUGAAUUGUCACAAAUGAGUGCUACUUUAAAGGGUAAAGCCGUAAUAUUAUCUAAACAACUGGGUAAUGCGCAAGAGUUUGAAUAUUAUCAGAAGGAAUUAUUGAAAAACAACCCAGACGCAAGAUGCUUUAUUACUGGAAACGACAUCGCCAUUAUUAAGGUGAAAAUUGUAGGUGGUAAAAUCUCAGAUAAUGAAAACAAUACUACAACUAUUUAG